AUGAUGAACAUCAUUUUUGGUGCCCUCUGGUGGGUGCUGUCGACCGUCUCGCUGCUGGUGGGUCUUUUCAGCAUGGUCACUUACCUUGUGACUGCCGCCGCGCAGCAGCUGGCAAUGCGCAUCCCGCAGGAUCUUAAGAAAAAGUACGACGCGGAGUGGGCUGUUGUCACGGGGGCGAGCAGUGGCAUCGGUAAGGCCAUCACAGAGAAGCUUGCGCAGCAAGAGAUCAACGUCGUGCUCGUCGCACUGGAGGAUCCGGGGCUCCAUAGCACCUUCGCUGAGCUUCAGAAGAAGUACCCGAAGCGCAGCUUUCGCAAGGUGGCGGUGGACUUGGGUGGGGAGGGAAUGCGUUACAUGGCGCCCAUCAUUGAGGCGACACAAGACCUCGACGUUGGUCUUCUUUUCAACAACGCCGGGUACCUCCACGCCGGGCUUUUCACCGAUACGGAGGUUGACCGGCUGCGUGCAAACCUUGAGUGCAAUGCCGGCUGCGCCAUCCCUAUCACCCACCACUUUCUGCGAAAGAUGAUGGAGCGGCAGCGGCGGGGCCUUGUGACAUUCACCUCAUCCAGCGCCGGUUACCUUCCAGGGCCAACAGCGACAUUGUACAGCCCCUCAAAGGCGUUUUUGACAAAUUUUGCCGUAACAAUUGCCGCGGAAGUGCGCCAUGCGGGCAUCCACGUGGUUGUCAUGCACCCCUCUCCCGUGAACACAAACUUCUUCAAUUACAAGGGACCGAAGCUUAGCACCAUCGAGGCAACGCGGAAGCUCGUAGCCCCGCCAUCGUAUAUUGCUGACCAAUUUUUUGCCUCUGCGGGACGCCUGACGGUGUGGGAUCAAGGCAUGACAAGUGCAGUUUUCCGAUUGUUGAACAAGAUUAUUGAUUUUCAGUUCCUUGCGGAGCUUAUUGUGCGCAUUGCCAACCUGUGUGGCGACCAGAAGAGACUGGUCGAGGCAUCGAAGACACACCGCGGAAAACGGGCUUGA